AUGGAGUCUUCGGGAUUUUCAUUUGCUGAUGGGGCACGAAUCAAGCGAGGCGAACGAGUCCUAAACAAGUGUUUAUGGAAGCGGCGUGGCCGGCGGCUGCCUGGCGCCCUACUGCUCGCCCUCAUCCACUGCGCGCCGGGGGCUGAGAAGGCCGCGUCCGCGCUCUCCGCUGCUGCGGCGGCCGCGACUCCGGUCCGGGCUGCCCGCGGCCGCAUUUCACAGGCGCAUGCCGCCAGCUGCUGUCACCGCCACCGCGGGCCCCACGCUGCAGGCCAGGCGGGGGGCGAGCGCAGGUGGUCUCUCUCCAGCGGCCGGGCAGUAACAGACUUCCGCGGCGGCCGCGCCUCCUCCGCACCCCCGGCAAGCCCCGCCCCGCGCGGCACGCCGGGAGGCGUGCGAUCUCGGGUGGCCCAGAGGUGGGAUGUGAGAGAUGGCUUUCGAAGAAAAAGUGUCUAUUCUUCCCACUAUUGCAGAGAGCGUUCUCCUCAUAAAAAGGACAAUCCCUUUUUCAGAGAAUCACCUGGAGGCCGAAAGGAUUCCCCACACAGCAGGUCUGGACCCAGUGCCAGCAGUAGAAGCUGCUCCCCAGAGAGGAGCAAGUCGUACUCUUUCCAGUAGUCUCAACAUAGAAGUCAAACUCAGAGACCUGUUCAGCCACUGAAAACUUCCAGAGAUACUUCCCCCUCAAGUUCAGCAGUCUCUUCACCAAAGGUGGUAGACAAGCCCGGGAGGCUCACCGAAAAGGAACUUGCUGAGGCUGCAAGCAAGUGGGCUGCUGAAAAGCGAGAGAAGGCAGAUGAAAGUAACCUACUGGAAAUCCCUGCGUAUGAGACGGGACCCCCUGCACCCUUGUUUAUUGACCAACCAGAAGCACCCGAGUCAAAUCCAACAGAUGGCAUAGAACUAUUGGAAGACGGUCAGCUAACCAGUCGUUCUAAAGCAAUAGCAUCCAAAACUAAAGAGAUUGAACAGGUUUACCGACAAGACUGGGAAACAUUCGGGAUGGUUGUGAAAAUGCUGAUUGAAAAAGAUCCUUCAUUAGAAAAGUCCAUUCCGUUUGCCUCAAGGCAGAAUUUACAUGAAAUCAGUGAGCAGUGUGUUGAAGAUCUCGAGCAUUUCGUUUCUGAGUAUGACACUUCGACACAAGGUUUUGGAGAGUCUUUUUAG